UCUAUUAUUUAUUUUAUAUUUUGUAAAAAUAUUGUUAUUAUUAUUUUAAUAAUUAUUUGAGCAAAGACUGAGUGUGUGAUUGAAUAAAUAUACAGAGACGUGAAUAAAGUAAAUAUUUAUAAAAAAGAGUGAGCGUAAUAAGUGAGUAAUUAUUUGAAUGGCACCGGAUUUUGAGAAGAAAAGAGAACCUGCUAAGGUUACUGGAUAUUUUGGACACUGUAGUUAUAAUAAUAAUAAACAAGGCAUGAUUUUGUUAAAAUGUCGUGGGAAUCCAUUUACGGAUUACUAUCAUCACGGUCAACAUUUCGAAAAUUCAUCUACUACCCGAAAGAGAAAUAUGACAGAUAAUUUUCAACUAUACACAUGUGGUAAUACUGUUAGCGAAAGCGGUACCUCUGCGGUGACGUCGUUGAGCACGAGAAGCUUAGCGAGCAAUACUUUGCGUCAAUCAUCAAGACGUUUUAAUCAACCAUCAGCGCAACAGCAACUGCCUCAGACACAACAGCAGCAACAACCGCAGAGAAGAUCACCAGCUCGGAUUCCUCUAGCAUCACUGAGCAGUGUCACGGUCAGAAAUUCAGAUGAACUCGUGGCAGCAAACUUAACAACACAGGAAGUUUGCGACAGUUCGAAUGACUCUGGCCUCGGCUUCGAGGAGAGGCAGCAGCAUCUCGGCAACUCCUCGACUUGGAACAACGGUGCUGCUGGGGAGGAAGAUACCAAGCGACGUAAAAUGGACAUCAAGCUUGAAUCAGAAGAUGCCAAUUUUACUUUCCCCAAAGUAUCAAGAAACACUACUGGUGUUUCCGGUGCUGCUCCUCGUGUCACUGUUUCUGAUGAUAGUAAAAUUUCAACAAGAAAUACCACAACCUCAACGACGUCUAGCAGCACGGCUAAUGGAGUUGCACAGCCAAGGAACGCUAAUAAUUCUGUUAAUCGAGUUGUUGGUGUAACACGAUCACGUUCAACACUGGGUGGCUAUGGUAAACGUCUGCCACCUGUUCAUCAAGGACCAAUUACUCUUACGUCUCAACUCAGCAAUAUAUCGAGAGAUGGGAAGGUCCAGUUACAAAUAAUCUGUCAGCCGGAGCAACAACACCGUGCUCGAUACCAGACAGAAGGAUCACGCGGUGCCGUGAAGGAUCGGACCGGGAAUGGAUUUCCAAUAGUCCGUUUGGUUGGGUACGAUAAACCAGCACUUUUGCAAGUUUUUAUCGGAACGGAUCUCGGGCGUGUAGCGCCACAUAUGUUUUAUCAAGCAUGCCGGGUGAGCGGAAAAAAUUCCACACCCUGUAUCGAGCGUAAGGUUGACGGGACAAUUGUCAUUGAGGUCGAUAUGGACCCGUCCAAAGACAUGCUUGUUACUUGUGAUUGCGUUGGUAUAUUGAAGGAACGUAACGUCGAUGUUGAGCAUCGAUUUCCUCAAGCUGCGGGUAUGCUUCAAGGGCGUAGCAAAAAGAAGUCCACAAGGUGUCGAAUGGUAUUCCGUACAAGUAUCACUUUGCCAGAUGGAACAACCGAAAAUCUACAAGUUUGUUCGCAACCAAUCGUUUGCACUCAACCACCGGGUAUACCGGAAAUAUGUAAAAAAUCUUUAACAUCUUGUCCAUGUACAGGUGGACUUGAACUUUUUAUUCUAGGUAAGAAUCUGUUGAAAGACACACGAAUACUCUUUCAGCUUGACGAUGAAGAUCUCAGUAAUAUGGAGCAACAUUGGGAGUGCUCUGUUAUUCCGGACAAGGAAUUCCUUCAGCAAACACACCUCGUGUGUGUUGUACCGCCUUAUGCUAGACAAGAUCUCAGGCCUACGGAAACUGUAACUGUUAAACUUUAUGCCGUUUCCUCGGGUAAAACCAGUGAACCACAUACCUUUUUAUAUACCGCGGCUUCAUCUCCACCAGAGCCUUCUGUUGGUAAAGUUGAAUCGUCCUCACCGCCGCUCGUUACGUCACGAAAUGAACCCUUGUCUACGUCACCGACGAUACCUAUUGCAGCUGUCAAUAAUAACUCACUAAUAUCGCAGUCAAGUGCAGUAUCACCGAAUUUCCUGGCAAAUCUCCCUCAGUCCACAUCUCAACAACAUUCACCUCAACCACCGUCAGAUUCACUGAAAAAUGACCCAAGUCCGCCUCCAGUGUCAUCAUCAGCACAAGUAACACCAGUGAUGAUGUGGGCGACUCAACAAACCGGAAAUUGUCAGAAUUCAUCGGCAGAUGUUAUGAUGCCGCCACCAAAUCUUGUGGCGAGUUCUCUUUUAAAUCGACGUUCCUCCUCAAAUCAUCAGCUCAUUAUUCCGGAUUCUCUCAAGUCUGAAGUAAUUGAUGAAAAUAGUGGAAAUAGUAUGUUAAGUGAUAAUAGUCUUCAAAGUAUGCCAACACCAAAUUCAAACAGUACAGCAAGUACUAGCCCAAUACAUCAAUUUGUGUCGGAAAAUUCACGAGAUUCAACAUCAACUGGACUACUUAGAUCAGUUCCAUCACAUGUAACUCCUUCUCAAGAAACUGUAAGUCUUUUAGGGGUUGUCGAUUUGAUGCGUAAUCAACAUCCACUGACACUUAUAACCCAACAUCAGAAUCCAUUUACUGGUAUUCAUGAACAAUCUGGAGUCAAAGUCCUCAAUACCCAUCAUAUUAGUAAAGACACAAGUCCAAUAUUACAAAAUGAAAAUACAGGCAGUGGUACUCUAUCAGGUGUAGGAGUUGGUGUUGAUUUACGAAUGAAGCAUCAUGAAUACGAAACUCUAAGUAAUUUCACAACUACUCCAGCAGCUCAGCCUUUGCCAAAUCAAAGCAGUCAGUCAAUUGAGAAAUAUUUCAAUCACAUUGAGUCAACAGCACCUACGGUAAAAGAAUCUGAUCAAGAAGAUUCUAACUUUGUGGAUACAAUGCAGCAACAUUCCGUUCUGGUUGAUCCUCGUCCUCAAGAUCAGUCUUCGUCUACAGAUAUUCUAGCGCCAAAUGCAGCAACUGCUAAAUUAGACGCUCUCGUUAAUUCAGCCGUUGAGUCUCAUCAAAUGGAUCGUAUGGUAGCGCCUCUGCAGACAGUAACGACAAGUCCAGGAUUACUAAGUCAUGUGCCUGAAGUAGAUGCACUGAGUACUUCUCAAUCGACAACACGAACUAGUCCACCGAUUCCAGUAAAAACUAUGCUUCUUGAAGCACUGAUGCCUUCUCCGGUGGUUCCAGCUACUGGUGCGACCAAUGGAUCCACUGGUACAGUUAUCUCAGAACCUCUACCCGAAGAAUCUUUAAUGACAACUAUAAAUGCCGCUCUACUUCCAUCUAUCCAAGAACCCAUUGUAACUGACUCAGGAAUCUCAAACUCAACAGUUAAUGUUUCUGUUCAUAAUCAACUUCAAGGCGCCAGUGAGCCUAUUCCUCAGAUUCAAGGACUCACUCAGCAGGAUGUCGAAAUGCAGCAGCAAGUUCAACAAGUUGAACAAGUGGUAGCUCAUGCUCAGCAGCAAGUAGAGCAAGUUGUCGCCCAAGUACAACAGCAAGCUGCACAGACUGUUCAACAAGCGCAGCAGCAAGUAAUGCAGCAAGUUGUUCAGCAUGCCCAGGUGGUCCAGCAAGCAGUCCAGCAAGUAGAAGCUGUACGUCAAGUCCAAGCGGUUCCAGAAGUUCAACAAGCGGUACAACAAGCGACCCAGGAAGUCGUACAACAAGCAGUACAGCAAGCCACUCACGAAGUUGUUCAGCAAGUUCAAGCCGUCCAACAAGCUGUUCAGCAGGCUCAAGCUGCGCAAGCGAUGCAGCAAGCUGUUCAACAGGACAUCGGGUCAAUGCUUAAUCAACCAGCAGGGUUUGUCGCUGAAGCUAGCUCUGCUUUGGCGAGCGGAGCCGCCCAAGAACCGAGCCAACAGAGACUUACAAAUGCCGCUGAGCAAGCCAUCACAAAUGUUAUUACAAAUGCAACCCAAGAUAUUAUAAACAAUCGGCCUAUUUCUACUACGACAGCUCACGCGAUUAUUGCUACUAAAAAUAUCCUCAACAGUGUUGCAACUCAGAGUGCUCAGCUUAUGAAUACUGCGAUGGAAGGUAUACUUCCCAAGUCACCGUCCAAUGCUGGAACAGUUGCUGAACAAGUCUCACGUAAAUCAUCGGCAAAUUCACUUCCUGUUGCGCAAAAUCGUUCUAAUAACACUAAUGGGAUGUCCAAUGCUGUCAACAACUCAAAUGGCCAAGUGUCUGUUGUCAGAAAAGCCGAAGAUGCGGGUGGCAUGCUUCCGCAAGAAUUAACUUCUAUGUCAGAGCACGAUCUCCUCAGCUAUAUAAAUCCAAGCUGCUUUGAUCAGGGAGCUUUUCUUAUGUAGUAAUUUUUUUUAAAUCAUAAAUAAAGCUUUGAUUUUUUUUUUUUUUUCAAAAUAUAUAUAUUCGUUAAAGUAACGCUAAAUAAUUUUAUUAUCAAUGAAUUUAGAUUCUAACAACUUAAAGUUAUUUGUGUAACUAUGUUAUUUCUCGUCUAUUCGAA